AUGCUGUCUGAGAAGACAUCAAUUCUGGGCUCGCAGCCCUCCAAGGGCCGCUCUCUAGCCUAUCAUCUAUAUAGUGUUUAUCUGUUCACUCGAAACGACUUCAAAGUUAUUCUCUACCCACAAACAGCAGUGGGCAUUUUCCAGGCCCUGGCCGGAGGAUUGUUAACGACGAAUUCCACGCCGAGUCUGGGAAUGAUCCUGGCUCGAUUACCUCUUGUGGCCUUCUGGAACUGGCUGAAUCUAUUGGUGUUCAACCUCGCGAACCAGCGGUUACCCAACUCUGUCAUCGAAGACUCUGUCAACAAGCCAUGGCGUCCCAUUCCGGCUGGCCGGAUCACGCCGGACGAAGCCCGUCGACUACUCUUGGUUCUCAUUCCACUGGGCGUUAUCCUCUCAUACUUCAUUGGCGGCUUGCGUGAAACCGCCGCCAUGCUCGUACUUACCUGGAUGUACAACGACCUGGCUGGCGCAGACGAAAACUACAUUGCGCGCAACGUCCUCAACGCCGCAGGCUUUAUCUGCCAUGGAUCCGGCUCCACCACCAUCGCAGCCGGGUAUGGCCAGUACGAACUAAACCCAGCGGCCUACGUAUGGCUGGGAGUGAUUGGACUCAUCGUUCUCAUGACCAUACACGUUCAAGACAUCCCAGACAUCGAGGGUGACGCCGCUCGGGGUCGACUCACGCUACCAAUCAUCCACGGCCAACAAGCCGCUCGUAUCUCUGUGGCCGUCGGCGUUCUGUUCUGGUCCAUCGUCUGCCCCAAGUUCUGGGCUUUGGACGUUGUGGGUUACCUCAUUUUGCUGGGCCCUGCCGGGCUAAUUGCCUAUCGGACCAUGCAGCUGCGGUGGGUGUUGGCGGAUGAAGUCACCUAUCAGCUGUGGUGUGUUUGGUUGAUUUUGAUCUAUUUGCUGCCUCUUUACAAGAACCCGGCGGUUCUGACGCAGGCCCUAGACUGGUUUUGGCGAUAUGCUGCUGCGGCAGUGUCGGGCUAUCUGUUUUUUUGA